AUGGCACCCGAGCGGGCAGCGAGGGGCGCGCAUGGAGGCCAUGUUGCAGCAAAAAAUCAAAAACUCGCCAAAGACAUGGCCCACAUGGAAAAACAAGAGGACCAGAUUGCCAUCAAGAAGGGCAUCCACGACUUGGCGGAGACGAUCCGCAAUGAUCCCAAUGCUGCCAGGAAGCUCCGGCGCGCGCAGGAUGCCAUCAAAAUCGAGGACCACGCCAUGGAGGACAAGAACCGCUUCGCCUCGGAUCUUGAGGGCCGGCAGCUCAAGAGGGCGCCCACAGCUUUCCUGAAGAAUGGGCGCAGCGGCUUCCCACCGUGA